AUGUUGGAGAAAAUAUUGAAUGAAGAGGAUACUGCCGUGAUACGGCGACUGUUCGAGGAAGGUUUAACUAAACCGUCAUAUAAGGAGAUAAAGCUGUUCCAUCGUGCGAUGAACAAGCUUUGGGAAGAAGUAAUGUGCAACAUCGGCCAAUUUCAUUUUGAGCACGAAGCGCAUGUGCUUCUGUGCGAAAGAGAGAAGGUAUGUUUUGAAAGCAACGAAAUAAUAUAAAU